GCACGCGGGGCGGGGCCUGCGUCGGCGCCGUGCGGCGGGGCCCCUGCGGCGCUGCCCAGUCUGGCUCCGGCGCCGCCUGUUGCGGACGCGUCUCGGCGCUGCCCCCGCCGCCGCCUCUGCCCCGUCGCCGUGCUCUGGCGUCUGCCCGCAGCCAUGAGCUCGUUGGGCCCCGGUGGAGCCCGCCGUCCUCUAGAUUAGUCCCCGCCGCCGCCCCGGACCUGCCUGCAGCAUGGAGUCUCCUGCCUCGAGCCAGCCCGCCGGCAUGCCCCAGUCCAAAGGAAAAUCCAAGAGGAAGAAGGACUUACGGAUAUCUUGCGUGUCCAAGCCUCCUGCGCCCAACCCCACACCCCCCCGGAACCUGGACUCCCGGACCUUCAUCACCAUCGGAGACAGAAACUUUGAGGUGGAGGCCGAUGACCUGGUGACCAUCUCGGAAUUGGGUCGGGGAGCCUAUGGGGUGGUGGAGAAGGUGAGGCACGCCCAGAGCGGCACCAUCAUGGCCGUGAAGCGGAUCCGGGCCACUGUGAACUCGCAGGAGCAGAAGCGGCUGCUCAUGGACCUGGACAUCAACAUGCGCACGGUUGACUGCUUCUACACCGUCACCUUCUAUGGGGCUCUCUUCAGAGAGGGAGAUGUCUGGAUCUGCAUGGAGCUCAUGGACACGUCUCUGGACAAGUUCUACCGGAAGGUGCUGGAUAAAAACAUGACAAUUCCAGAGGACAUCCUGGGGAAGAUUGCCGUGUCUAUUGUGAGGGCCCUGGAGCACCUGCACAGCAAGCUAUCGGUGAUCCACAGAGACGUGAAGCCCUCCAACGUCCUCAUCAACAAGGAAGGCCACGUGAAGAUGUGCGACUUUGGCAUCAGCGGCUACUUGGUGGACUCCGUGGCCAAGACAAUGGAUGCUGGCUGCAAGCCCUACAUGGCUCCUGAGAGAAUCAAUCCAGAGCUGAACCAGAAGGGCUACAAUGUCAAGUCCGACGUGUGGAGUCUUGGCAUCACCAUGAUCGAGAUGGCCGUCCUGCGGUUCCCUUACGAGUCCUGGGGGACCCCGUUCCAGCAGCUGAAGCAGGUGGUGGAGGAGCCAUCCCCCCAGCUCCCAGCUGACCGUUUCUCUCCUGAGUUUGUGGACUUCACUGCACAGUGCCUGAGGAAGAACCCUGCGGAGCGCAUGGGCUACCUGGAGCUUAUGGAGCACCCUUUCUUCACCUUGCACAAAACCAAGGAGACAGACAUUGCUGCCUUCAUGAAGGAGAUCUUGGGAGAGGACUCAUAGGGGCUGGCCCUGGGACCCGCAGCCGCUCUGCCGGGACAGGGCUUGCCCACACCCACAAGCUACUGCCAUCCUGGCCCUGGGUGCCCGGGAGGAAUCCAGCAGCUGCUCCCGCCUGGCUCUGCAACAAGCCGUUUGUCCCAAGUGCCAAAGAACCAGACUUUUGGGGGCUCGGAUCUCACCAGUGCCUCUGCCCUGAUGCCCCGAGGACCCCAAGGCUCCAGCUGCUGAGACCCUGGACUUAGGGGGCCUGGAUGCCUCCUGCCGGACACUGCUGCCCCUCUCAGAGAAGCAGCCGGUGCCUGUGUGGACAGGCUGCUGCCUUGCCCAGCCUGGAUGCCACCCAAGUUGUACAUUUUUUUAGCUUUCAACUGAAUAGACUUUGCACACUUUGGCCCAGGGUGGCCACACCUCUGACCCGGCUUUGGUGCAGGGGGCACAGUAGGGGGUGAGCCACGUGAAUACCCCCAACACUCCCACAAGGGAGAUGCCGUGAGCCACCCAGCCUCCCCCAGCAUUGGCAAACAGGGCCUCUAACGGUCACCUAGUCCUGCUCUACUCUAGGGGCAUUGUUUCAACUUUUGUUUGUUUUUGUUUUUUGUAAUUUAUCCUCUGGUUUUUUUCUCUUUUGCUUUGUGGGUGUAGCUGGUUUUUCUUGCGUGAUUUGGAGCUGAUCACUUUCCCUUCCACGGCCCCAGCAGGCUGAGAUUUGCCCUCUGCUUGGGCUGGGGCCAGGGGACAGGCCCAAGGUCUCUGCUUGGAGAGGCGCCGGGGGCCUUCUAGGCUCCCCCUCCUUGGGGACCAGCUCGGCAGGGCCUAUGGAUUUGCUUUGGUUGUGGUUUAAAAACAAACAAAAAAAGAAAAUAUAUUUUUUUGAAGAAAGGA